AUGCCAGCCUCACUGAGAGACUACAAGCCCUCCCAGUCCAGACCUCUCAACUCCAGGCAGUCCCAGCAGGUCGAUCCCACCCAAAGUCCAUGCUUCGGUCACCCCGGCAGCGUUGCAAGCUGCAUGCCCUAUAUGGCAUUCAACAACAACCAUCAUGGGUCUUUCUCUGUACUGACUGGUCCUGCGCCACAAAUCAUGGACACCGAGCGCGCAUAUCUGAUUGAUAGCAUGCAACGCCAAAGUCAGCGUGUCAGGCGGCUCAGAGACAGCCUGCGCCGUGUUGAGGAACGACUGGCUAGAACGGUCGUCGAAAUCAGUGACUUUGAGGUCUCUCAUUGCUCUGAUACCACCAUGAUUGAUGGUGGGACGAAUGGAACCGAGCGCAGAAAGCUAAGAAAGGAGGUCAACCUCCUGAAGGGUCGGAUUCUCGAAGCAGAAAAGCAGGAGCAUCUCGCAAUACUGCGCCUCAAUGACUUUGGAAUCAGGAAUCAGGGUCAGGAGCAUGCGCAGGGGCGUUGUGCUCCGCAACUAAGCUUGAUGCUUUCCCCGGCAUCACCCUCAGACCACCAAUGGCAUAUGCACCACCAAGAACCCGCUACACAAGUUCUUCCAUCGAUUCAGACAGUAUUGCCCCAGUCGUCACUUCUUGGUCCUUCGGUGCUGAGCCCACUCUCCCCAGCUUUUAUCCCGGGUGUUUUAUUUUCCAACUGUUUCUCCUGGGAUAACAAGUCUCAUAAUGAUACAACAACUGAUGCGGCUAUGAUUGACCACUUUUCGCCAACCGAUAUGUCCGGCGUUGGUGUUUUGUAUUGGUCCACUAUCCCUUCUGUGGAGAUUGUAGAGCCCAAUGAUGCCGAGGCCAGAGAGAAGGAUACCGGUGUUAUUUGGGAAUCAGACAGUCAAAAUUCGGCCAGCCAUCGCAGCAUUUCUCUGAAUCAGAUCAGCCUAGGCUACGCGCCCUGGCCACAAGACAAACGCAUGAGCAUGCCGUCACUGAGAUCAAUCUGGCCAUAG